AUGUUGGGGAUGUAGAAAAAAGAAAAAAGAAAAAGAAAAGGAAACCGGAGCAAAGAGAGAGCCAGGGAGAGAUAGGGAGACAACACUAACCGGGUAGCUAUGGAGAUAGUAGCUUUUCCUGCUCGCUUUCUUUGACAGGUGUCGAGUGGGGAUCAAAUAAAAGUAAGCAGAGCAGCCUCCAACAUGUACGGCAAGGGUAAAGGAGCCGUGGUCCCCUCGGACAGCCAAGCCAGAGAAAAGUUGGCGUUAUACGUGUACGAGUACCUCCUACAUGUGGGAGCACAAAAGUCAGCACAGACCUUCUUGUCUGAGAUUCGGUGGGAGAAGAAUAUUACAUUAGGUGAACCACCUGGAUUCCUUCAUUCAUGGUGGUGUGUAUUCUGGGAUUUGUACUGUGCAGCUCCAGACCGAAGGGAGACAUGUGAACACUCCAGCGAGGCGAAGGCCUUCCACGACUACAGUGCAGCGGCAGCACCCAGCCCCGUGAUGGGCAACAUGCCGCCCAACGACGCCAUGCCAGGCGGCCCCAUGCCCCCAGGCUUCUUCCAGGGACCACCCGGCUCUCAACAGUCCCCCCACGCACAGCCCCCCCCACACAACCCCAGCAACCCCAUGAUGGGACCCCAUGGCCAGCCUUUCAUGUCGCCGCGGUAUCCAGGUGGACCGCGCCCCUCACUCCGAAUGCCAAAUCAGCCUCCUGGAGGAAUCCCGGGAUCUCAGCCUCUCCUGCCAAACAGCUUGGACCCAACAAGACCGCAAGGACAUCCUAACAUGGGCGGACCGAUGAGAAUGAACCCUCCCAGAGGGAUGGCCAUGGGCCCACAGAAUUACGGCGGCAUGAGGCCCCCUCCCAACUCCAUGGGUGGUCCGAUGCCAGGAAUGAACAUGGGCCCCGGAGGACGGGGGCCGUGGCCAGGUCCCAACGCUAACUCGCAGAUAGCCUACUCCUCUUCAUCUCCAGGAAACUACGUGGGUCCUCCAGGGGGAGGAGGUCCACCUGGAACUCCCAUCAUGCCCAGCCCAGGUGAUUCAACAAACUCCAGUGAAAACAUUUACACGAUGAUGAACCCUAUCGGACCAGGAGGGAACAGACCCAACUUCCCUAUGGGGCCGGGGCCUGACGGGCCGAUGGGAGCUAUGGGAGCCAUGGAACCACACCACAUGAAUGGAUCACUAGGGUCUGGGGAUAUGGACGGGUUGCCAAAGAGCUCUCCCAACAACAUGGGGGGGAUGAACAACCCUCCCGGAACGCCGCGAGACGACGGCGAAAUGGGCGGCAACUUUUUGAACCCAUUCCAAAGUGAAAGUUCCUCCGGGAGCGCCCUCGAGCAUUCUGGGACUCUAAUUAAGUCGGCCCCGCCCGGAGCAUGCAAACUGGCUGCCGGCGUGAACAGGAAGCAGUCGCAAAGCAACAGGAAGAGCCUCCUCUCGGACUCUGGCCUCUCCGGCUACCUGUCCGGAUCUAGACAAUGAGCGAGGGAGGGAGGACACGCAGAGAGAGGGAGAGGGAGAGGGAGAGAGGGGACUGGAUAACGCAGCCCUCCCUCACGGACGCAGGACCGGCUCUCUUUGCAGCUGCCUGGAAGCUCCUCAGCCACGACUUUGGAUUUUUCGUUUGGGAAUCAUCGUUUUUCCUCUAAUUGAUGGAUUCAGCGGAGGGUCCGAUGAAACGGAUCCUUCUCGCCCCCAUCCCACUCCAGCAUCGUUUUCAGUGUGUGUAAAUUUGUAUCAGAGGUGUUGUGAUGAUCAGUGAACAUGUUUUUUUUUUUUGUUUUUUUUUUUUUUCCCUUAUUUUUUGUGUAUGUAUUGUAUCAUUGCUAUUUUUAUUAUUGUAUUAUUGUUAUUAAUGAUAUUGGUAUGAUCAUUUUAAGACUGGGUUAUAGUUUCUCUUGUUUUUACGGGCACAUUAUUUCAAUGAAGACAGCAUAUGUGCACAGGAGUCUGAAAUAAUUGGCUGUGUAACACAUGGUGACGCGUUGCCCCCUGCAGGUAAGAUUUUAGUCCGUCAGGGUACCGAUUGGUCUUUUUUCUUUUAAUUUUUUUUCUUUUUUUUUUGUAUCCCAGAGGUAAGCGUUUUAAAACGAUCUAAAUUUUUAACUUUGUGCUCAUCAGCAAGCGUUUCUCAUGCUUUAGUAGCUUCCCUGCAGUGAAACGCACAGCUCUAUUUAUUUAUGUACUUUUUAAUUUGUUUAUGGAUCAUUUUGUUACUUUAAAAAAAAAUGUUAUCCCUGUUUUUUUUUUUUUUUUUUGUCAACUGCAGAACUAGUAGCAACUGUGUAAAUAUGCAGAUCCACUCAUCAUGUCCGUGUGACGUCAUACGGUCCCCACCGGUGUUCACGCACCCUCCUGUCCCCCUCGCCGUCUGCUGACCUGGAGUUUGCUUAGUUUUCUUUUUUCCGUGGUUAAGUUUUCAACCCACUGUGAUGCAUGUCUGUGUUUCAUUGGAGCUCGCUUCUCAGUUUACUUCUCACACUCGCAGCGACCCCUCCUCCCGGUCUCUCGUGGUGAAAGGACUUCCAGCCGUCUUGCCGGUCGGCGCUUUUGUGUGUUUUUAUGCUGGAUAACAGCGAGUGGACGAGCAGCAAAGAAUGGCCGUGAUGAGCGGCCUCCCUCCUCUGUCCUCCUCCCCGUCCUCAGCCUCUCCAUCACUCACACACAAGACACUCCCCCCCUCCUCCUCGAUUUAUUUUCUUUGUUUUUGUACAACUCUCCAUCGAUUUGACUUAAAUAUUUUGUUUUGUAAAUACUGUAAAAUGCAUUUUGAUAUCAUUGACAUGUUUUGAUAAUUCAAAUCACAACUUAACAAAAUGAUCAGAACCGUGGUGAUUGGGGCGACCGUGUGUAUUUGUUCAGAGGUGGCGUGCGUUUUACUCAAGAAAUAAUAUGAACUAUGGAAAAAAAGAAAAAAAAAGAAAAGAAAAACCAAACUGGAGCUGCUAUAGACUAUAAUGCUAUUUCACCUCAUCACAGACAGACGCGAGGCUUUACACUGAUCAGAGCUGUUGUGUCGAGGGAGGAAGUGGUUUGAAGUUCGAGUUCCCUGAAAACUUUUUUUUUUUUUUUUUUUAAAUAACACUUGCUCUUCUCUCUGUCUCAGAAACACAGGAGUUUAACUACUUUUGACUCCUCUGAAACAGGAAACACUGGCUCUCAAUCCAACACACCGGGGACCAGAGUGCAUAUUUUGCUAUGAAGGAUUUUUUUUUUUUUUUUUUUUUAAUUAUUAUUAUUAAUCUAUUUAAAAUGGAGCAGAUUAAUUGUCUGUGGGGAGGGGGAGGGGGGAUAAAAAGAGGAAGAAGUAAUAACGUGGACAGAUUUGUUGCUGAGAGGAGGUGGAGAGUACAGGAACAUGUGUACUUUGAAAAUACUGUUGUAUAAAAAUGCAGUCGAACUUCUCUCUUUCUGUCCUGUAAGUAAAAGCCGUCACAGCGUUGAUCAUUUCUGUAUUUCUAUCGUGCUGAUGUAUAAUACUGUAACAUUCAGGGGGGAAGGAGGGUAAAGAGGACACUU